CCAGAGAAGGUGACUCAAGCAAAGCCUGCAGAGAGCUGCUGGGCCGAGCCCUUGCUGAUGUCAUGCCUUAUCCCCCCUCCCAUCUCACACUGCUCUUGUUCUCAUUCACAAAGGCAUGAGCGACAGGGUGGGAAGCUUGCUGCAGCUGCACGACAGGCCGGACUCAGCCCUCCCCCCAGAGGCCCAGGAUAUGGAGGAACAGACCCUAGUCAUCGCCUGAUUGUAAACACCACAUUGGGAGGCCGGUGCACAUGCUGACAGUUCACCAUGGCGAAGAGGGAGUCGAACAGCAGCAGCAGCAGUCCUGUAGUGAGACAGAUUGACAAGCAGUUUCUAGUCUGCAGCAUUUGCUUGGAUCGUUACCACAACCCCAAGGUCCUCCCCUGCCUGCAUACUUUCUGCGAAAGAUGUCUUCAAAAUUACAUUCCACCCCAGAGCCUAACUCUUUCUUGCCCUGUUUGUCGUCAAACAUCCAUUCUGCCUGAGAAAGGAGUUGCUGCUCUCCAGAACAACUUUUUCAUCACCAAUCUGAUGGAGGUGCUACAGAGAAACCCAGAAUGUACUCGAGAUGAUUCCAGCAUGAUUGGGUCUGUUAGUGCAGUCUCUGGGAAACCCUUGUCUUGUCCAAAUCAUGAGGGGAAGAUGAUGGAGUUUUACUGCGAAUCUUGUGAAACUGCUAUGUGUCGGGAGUGCACUGAAGGGGAGCACAGGGAACAUGUCACUGUCCCACUCAAGGAUGUAGUGGAAAUGCAUAAAGCAUCUCUGCAGAAACAGCUAGAUGCUAUUAAAAGCAGACUACCACAGCUGACCGCGGCCAUAGAACUGGUGACAGAGAUCAGCAGACAAUUAACAGACCGGAAGAACGAUGCAGUAUCAGAAAUCAGCAACACCUUUGAAGAACUAGAAAAAGUUUUACACCAGCGCAAGAAUGCACUUAUUCAUGACCUGGAAGCCAUAUGUAGUGCAAAACAAAAGGUUCUUCAUGCUCAGCUGGACUCACUACGGCAGGGUCAGCAGAAUAUAAGGAGUAGUUGUAACUUCACUGAGCAGGCUUUGAACCAUGGCACUGAGACUGAAGUCCUUCUUGUGAAGAAACAGAUGAGUGAAAGGCUGAAUGAGCUGGCCCACAGGGAGUUUCCAGAGCAGCCUCAUGAAAAUGACCACCUGAAUUACAUUGUGGAAACAGAAGGAGUGAGAAAAUCCAUCCAAAACCUAGGGGUCCUCAUAACUACCAGUGCUAUUGCACAUGAGACUGUUGCUACUGGAGAGGGGCUACGGCACGCUGUGGUUGGGCAGCAGACCUCUGUUACUAUAACCACCAAAGACAAAGACAGUGAGUUAGUCAAAACUGGCAAUGCUAUCUUGCAUGCAGAGUUUUCUGCUCCAGAUGGCAGCUUUCUUGAAGGUGAGAUAGUCGACAACAAAAAUGGUACCUAUGAACUUUUGUAUACACUAAAGCAGGAGGGAGAGUAUUCUGUGCAGAUCACACUCUACGAUCAGCCCAUCAAAGGCAGCCCAUUCCGGAUAAAAGCUGUUAAGCACUCUGACAUGCCUCAGUCACCUGAUGAUGUCAAACGCAGGGUAAAGUCUCCUAGUAGUGGACACAUUCGACAGAAAGCAGUACGUCGGCCCUCCAGUAUGUAUGGCACAGGCAAGAAAAAGGAAAACCCUAUUGAGGAUGAAUUAAUCUUCCGAGUAGGAACCCGGGGCAGAGAGAAGGGAGAAUUUACCAAUUUGCAAGGAAUUUCUGCUUCAGCCAGUGGCAGGAUAGUAGUCGCUGACAGCAACAACCAGUGUAUCCAGGUAUUUUCCAAUGAUGGACAGUUUAAACUACGAUUUGGAGCACGAGGACGAUCCCCAGGGCAGCUCCAGCGUCCUACUGGUGUUACAGUGGAUAUGAAUGGUGACAUUAUCGUGGCUGAUUAUGACAGCCGCUGGGUCAGCAUUUUUUCUGCUGAUGGCAAGUUCAAGAACAAGAUUGGAACUGGAAGGCUAAUGGGUCCAAAGGGAGUGGCAGUGGACAGGAAUGGACAUAUCAUCGUAGUGGAUAACAAGGCAUGCUGUGUCUUCAUCUUCCAGAGCAACGGGAAGUUAGUGACUAAAUUUGGGUCCAGAGGAACUGCAGACAAACAGUUUGCAGGUACACUAGAUGGUCCCCAUUUUGUGGCUGUGAACAAUAAAAAUGAAAUUGUCGUUACUGACUUCCACAAUCACUCUGUGAAGGUCUACAGUGCUGAUGGUGAAUUCCUAUUCAAGUUUGGCUCCCAUGGAGAAGGUAAUGGACAGUUUAAUGCCCCAACAGGAGUAGCUGUUGACUCAAAUGGAAACAUUAUAGUGGCUGACUGGGGAAAUAGCCGAAUACAGGUUUUUGAUAGCUCUGGAUCAUUCCUGUCCUAUAUCAACACCACAGCAGACCCUCUGUAUGGGCCGCAAGGACUUGCUCUUACAACAGAUGGACAUGUUGUUGUGGCCGACUCUGGGAAUCACUGCUUUAAAGCAUACAGAUAUCUUCAGUAACAAAGAAUGACUUUGGCUAGUCUAGAACCUUCCAACUGAGAGCACAGUGAAGGAAGAAAUGAACUGCAUAGCAGGAGUGUAUGGUGCAUGAACGGAAGUGCAUCACACAGAUUCUCUGCAAUUGCUGUAGUUUAAGCCAAUCAAAAAAAUGAAAAAAACAGUGAAAAUGUUUUAUAAUAAUAAUUAUAGAAACAUAUAUAAUUAUUAUUUAUGUAUAAAUGUACAGCUACUGAGGUGACAACCUUGCUACAAGAAAAAGUGAACUGAAAACCUGUAAAACAUUAUUUAUAGAUAAAGGAAACCACAAAACUGUAAGCCAUUUCAAAGUUUUAACUUCUUUUACUACAAUCUAACAAGGGAUAGUAUAAAUGUUUCCCACCUCACAAAGUGAAGAUCAUUCUACAGGAGUUUUACACUAGUUCUUGUAAAGUUACAGUUCAUGUUUAACAAUAGUGUAUGGUAUAAUAUUUGUCAUGCUGGAAUAAUUACUAAUUACAUUCAGCUGGCCCACCUACAUUAGACCACAAGUAAAGCGUUUCCAGCUCCAGAGAAGCGGUAUUCCCAUGGCAUGUAUCUAAAGAAGCAUUAUUGCAAUUAUAAAAUGGCUUGUUUUUGAAAAGAAGAACAUAGUUAAAAUGAUUUUUUAAUGCAUUCCUAGCUGCUUUUUUGACAAAGUCUAAUGGUAUAUUGUGAUGAUGUUCCUGCUGAAUGUAUUCAGGCCAUUAGAGUGAUUGCCAUUUUAAAAUUGGCAGAGCAAUAUUGUUGAUAUUUCGCAUCUUCAGGUAAUCAGAUAAAUCAAGAUGAAGGAAAAAGAAAAAGUGUACAGAAGUGUGAGCACAAGCAUUUCUUUUCCCUGCUUGCUUAUCAUAGCAAAAUAGCAAGUGGCAUCUUGUUCAUUAACUAUAACAGUCAUGUUUACUGAGGACUCCCAUGGUCUGCUUGUGAUGACCUCUGUUAAUAGGUCAAAGUCUAGAACUGUGAGGCAGCUAGUACAUAUCAGAAUUCUGUCUAGCUUAUUGGUUCCAUGUUUAAUCAGAGAGGCAUAGUGUUUGUUUUACACUGCAUUUGAUGAACACAAGCUGUAGGGGUUUGGAAAUAAAGCCCCCCCCCCCAAUCCAAAUUGAAGAUGGCACAAUACUUUUUCAGUUUACUGUUUGUAGAAUUUCAGUGCCCAUGACAUAGUUAACAUUUUUUCUGACAAUAUACAUUUUAGGCACAGUUCAUGUUUGUACGUGUCAGGUGGAGGUAGUGUCAUUGACUGGCAUGUUUAUUUGGCUCAAAAUUCUUAACAUGGUUGUCAAAUUAUUGAUGAAUGUAAUGCUGUUACAGUGGCGCAGUAUGCUUAAAAGGUAAAUUAUUUUAAAAAUUGCAAUAUUGUUUUACUACUUCGGUAUGUUUUCUUGAGUUAUGUACUGGAGAAAAAACUCUUCUCAUUAAAAGACAGAUAUAUUGAAAGUGCAAAACUGCUAAUGUCAAAGCCGAUCAGCCACCAAGUCUUUUUUAUUUUUUAUUUUGCUAUAAGCAGAGUUCUUUGGUCAGAGAGCAAGCAAAAGGCUUAAUUUGUGACUUGCUGAAAAUCAAGGAAAAUGUAUUUCAUUAGGAGUGCUGCAGUUUAGGAUUGUAUAGAUUAUGACCCAGGUUCAUGUGUUUUGCUAUAAUUUUGAGUUGUGCCAUUUGACUUGAUUUUAAUUUUUUGUAAGAUUUACAUGAAAAAUAGGCAUAAUUGAUAUGACUUCACCUGUUCAGGCUUCAUUAACUCCUUUAUCAUUGCAAUCAAUUCCAAAGUGAUACACAAUUACACCAUAACUAAAACAUGCUAAAUUUACAUGCAGUGCGAUUACAUCACAAAGGGCAAUACUCAUCUUUUAAUCUGAGUUUAUGCAGUGGUAAAACAAUGAUAAUGAAACAUGAAAAAAAAAAUACGUUUGCCAAAUGACCACAAGUUUGGAGAUGUGGCACAGAAGUGCCUGGAGUUUAGCAUUCUAGUAGAAUCUGUUGGAAGAUAACCCUGAAAAAAAUCAUUUGAAGUAAGUCUGGAUUUUACAUUUAUUGAGUUACAGUAAAAGAGAACUUUUUACAGAAACACAUUAUUGACAUAAUUUAAAAAAAAUCCUGGGAAUGGUAGAACAAGAAAAUGGCUGCCUCGUUUAAAGGCAACAUUGCCUCUAAAGAACAGACUGCAUUAUCAUUACCAAAUGUUUGACAGCAGUGGGCAGCAAAUGUGUUAGUGUUUGGUCAGUAUAGAUCAGUAGUCUAGAGCAGCUGCAGAAAAACAGCCGUCCAGAGUAAUGAAAAAUCUCUGCGAGAUUUCACCAUGGUGGUAUGCAAACUGCUUGGAAGCAUGCCAUUUUUCUUCUAAGUAAGUCUUUUGGAAGUGAAGGCAGUACAAAAUGAUGCAGAAAGAUUCUCAAGUGUAAACUAGAGAAGAUAAAGCUCUGCUUCCUUCAGUAGUGCCAGGAGACAUAGUAUUGGUGUCUAGGAAGUGCUUCCAUGAGCAUUUCUGAUUACUCCAUUUCAGGUAUUUAUUUACAAAUGUCAUGAUAAUAAGAUAAGUACUAAUGGAUAAUUUGGAUUUGUGAUGAUGUCUUGACAAUUUAUCAGAGGUACACAUAACUGCCAUCACAGGGUUGCCAAGUGUCAAGGAAUCUCAAAAUACCAAUAGCAAGCCCCCCUCACACCAUGUAGAGAGGUGUACUCCAUGAACACCUUGCAAUAUUAUUUACUCAACUUCCAGGUCACAUCACAAUGAAGAUAAAGGGAACAACUUCCAGGUCACAUCACAAUGAAGAUAAAAGAAAUAACUUGGGUUUUGGUAAAACUCUGUUAUUUUCCUUUCUAAAUUGUCUACUGAAUUCAUUUUUUUUUACUAAACACAUUACACUAAACUUUAUGAUUUAAGUGCUUGUGGUUAGGUGAAAAAGGUAUUUAUUUAUGCAGGUUGAGUCUGUCACACAUGUAGCAUGCCACAUAUCACAUAAUUUUAGGGUAAAGUAAUGUAAAUUAGUGGGCCCAUUUCCAAAAAAAAAAAAAAAAUACUUACUCUAGGUGUAAGUGACUACCUCCAGAGUAAGGCCUACCUGUAAAGCAGGCUUACACCAGGGACAAGGUUCCAAAAGACUUUCUCUUGGGACAAGUGACUUCUUUGGUGUAAUAUACUAGAGUAGGUCACUUAUACUGUUAGCAAGUAUAUGUAGUAUAUACUAGAUAUACAAAAACAGAGCAGUGCAUCACAUAAUGUAUCUCAUAUAUAUUGCAAGAACAAACAUUUGCACUAGAGGUAUUGACUCACUUUCUAGAGGCACAUCCAGAACUUCAUAAAGCAUGCCAGUACUGCAGAACUGAAUGGGGAAUCUGCUCUGCAAAACUGCCAUCUGUCUCAGAUGUGGUAGCAGUUUGAUUUUUUUCUGUCCAUCUGCUUACGUUUUAUUUAAAAUUGAAGUUGUCAUAGGAUAUUUUUUUUCAUUAUCCUUGCUCUCAUGCCUAAUACUAAAAUAUGUGUACAUUUAGAAGUAAGAUGUUGAAAUGUCUGUGUCACUCCUUAUGAAUACCUAAAUGUUAUAGAAAUCGGGAAACAUUUUUAAGCCAUUAUCCAGCAUACCCCAGGAAUAAGGUGCUACACUUUAGCUAGCUUGUCCUUGAUAAAUGCAAUAGAAUAUCAGUAAAAAAAGACUGUAACUUUGGAAUAUGCAUCAUAAGUGGCCUAGGUGAGUUUUAUGUAACUGAUUGAUCUGUAAGCCAUAAUUUGAAGAAACACAUUUGCCUAAGGCCUAAAUGUAUCCACUUUCCCAAAGGUGGCCUAGAGGCAAGCUGUUAACCUUAGUGACUUCUUAAUGACUAUUUCAUUAUAUUCCUAUGAAGACAAAAUGACCUUGUAUUGCUGUGUUGUAUUCCAUUUCUAGUUAGCUUUUAUAAACUAAGAAGUAAAGCUAGAUCACGGAAAUGUUUCUAAAAAUGGUAUCUCAAGAUCACUCAAAAACAUAAGGCCUCAAAAUUAGCUUUUUUCACUGUAUAAAUAUAUGCAGACAAGAUAUAUGAAUGAAAAAUGCAACACUAUGUCAUUUAAGUUAUGGUAUGGUGCUAUACAGUCUAACGUAUAUAGUGCAGAAAUGCAGAUCUUCAGAGAUGUGAGUCAACUCAGAUCCAAUUCUGGAAAGAUGUUACAAAGCAAAUAUCAGAUCAGCAUUUUAUGUAAAUAAGUAGCAUAUAGCAUACAACAUUAUUUGCUUUAAUCACAUGAGAAGUGCAAACCGUAUCACAAUAUGAGUCUGUAUUAGAAGACCAAAGUUUUAAAUAUUCGGACACCAUAUGAGCGACACCAUAUGAGCGAAUAUUUAAAACCUUGCAAGUGUGAACAGAGAUUGCCAUAGAGAAUUUUUCCCUUUACUUCAACGUAAUGCGAUCUCGGAGUUGGUAUAAUUAAGUAGUGAGGGGUGCAGGGGAGCUUGCCCCCCUGCUCAGACUGAUCGGGUAGGUUUUUCUUUUAUUUUUAUGUUUUUUUAUUUUGCUUUUGAUGUUUUACAUCUUCACUCAUAUGAUGUCGCCCAUAUGGUAUUCGAAGGUGUAAAACUUUGAUCUUAUAAUAUAGACCCCACAAUGUAUGUUAAUAUUUACAUUUUUUUUUUAUGCCGGUUCAACAUCUGUGAAUUUUCAGGCCUCAUGAUCCCUCAGACUAUUUGUAGGGAAGCCUCCUUUCUUCCUUAAAGAAAGCUACUGGGUAUAAACCUUCACCACUCAAGACUGUUCAGUUCUUUUCGGAGCAAGGCAUCCAUACCAGCUAGUUCCCAGGUAGGGCAGUAGUUAGUCUGCAAGUGGUAAUACUUUUCAGAGAAAGGUUUGGCUCCUUACCCAAGAUAUUGUGAUUGGCUUUGAAGCAGUGAACUUGUCUGCUUCUGCAGGUGAAGUCUGAACUCUUGUCAUGGCACAUCCGCUGUGUUACAGCUAGUGAAGUCUGAACUCUUGUCAUGGCACAUCCGCUGUGUUACAGCUAGUGAAGUCUGAACUCUUGUCAUGGCACAUCCGCUGUGUUACAGCUAGUGAAGUCUGAACUCUUGUCAUGGCACAUCCGCUGUGUUACAGCUAGUGAAGUCUGAACUCUUGUCAUGGCACAUCCGCUGUGUUACAGCUAGUGAAGUCUGAACUCUUGUCAUGGCACAUCCGCUGUGUUACAGCUAGUGAAGUCUGAACUCUUGUCAUGGCACAUCUGCUGUUACAGCUAGUGAAGUCUGAACUCUUGUCAUGGCACAUCUGCUGUGUUACAGCUAGUGAAGUCUGAACUCUUGUCAUGGCACAAUUGCUGUAUUACAGCUAAGCUCAGAGUUUCUACCAGGAGCUAUGGCAGCAAGAUUAGUACCCAAACUCACUAUGGUCUGCCCCUCCUGGCUAACCAACUGGUGUAUGAAUGUUUCCCCCAAAGUGGACAUGAUCACCUUCCGUCAAGAUCAUUCAUUUGUUAGUGAAGUACUUUAGCAAACUUGUUUAGAUGGUGCUGGGUUGCUCAACAAAUAGACUCCCCCAUUGAUGGGUAACCACUUUUAGCAACUUAGUUAUCUAUCUAGCUUAUCUAUAACAGCAUAACAUGCUAGUUUGCAGAAAUAUAAAGCUAUACUAUAAUGGGAAUUUGUGCAAUAAGUGAACAGCUAUAUAAAACUAGAGAGUUUCAUUUCUAUAUAUUAACUGAAAUUCUUGAAAGGAGUUUCUAGCUGUAAAUUGUCAGAUUCAGUACUAAUUUUAUCCCUUUCAGAUCCUUUAUCACGGGACUAAUGUACUAAGACCCUGGACCCCAAUAUAUCUCCCUUUUACUGUUUUGUAGACCACAUUUCAUAAACAUCCAUGCCUACAUCUUGUCAGUAGUAAUAAUAGAAAUUAUUUUUUUCUGACAGCAUUAGCUAUGCCGUAGUGUGAAGCCAUGUGAGUGCUUUGCAUUAUUCUGUCAGUGCUUUACCAGGUAACCAUCUACAAUGCGGUACCUGCUUCAGCUAGUCCCAUAAUACUGAGACUGAAUAGACAAACUGAUUUAGCCGUACUAGGUCUGAGAUGGCCAUUUUUUCUGAGGUAUGAUGAUCUUGUAGUUAGUAUUUAUAUGUUUAGGGUGCAGGGCGGCAGACGUGUUAAGUUAAGGAGAAGGGUGAUGUUUGAUAUUUGCUCUUCUACAUUUCUAGUCUUUAUUUUUUGGAAUGUCACCACUCUGCAUUACAAGUGCUGUCAUUUCAUCCGGAAGCUGCUUUAUGAUUUAUUCAGCAAAGCCAGCAGGGAGUUUACUUUUCAAUACUAUCAGGGCAAAGUGAUUUUUGCUUUUUGAGCCGACCUGUGACUGAAUCCAGGUUUAGGCAAUUUUUGGGGUUAUUAUUUUAUAGUAUUUGAAAUAGGUGACAUCUCUAUGUCCUUGACAAUAAUGAGUAUGUAAAGCAAGUGGAGAGAGAGAGAGUCUUUUGUAUCGCUGCCUGCAUUCUUAUAACCAAAUAAUGUUUCUGUGUAAGAUAGUGGGAUUUAGAAAAGUAUAUACUUGUGCAAAAGUACAAGCUGAAAUGGCAAAUCAUUAUUAAGAAAAACAAGCAGGGAUAGCAGCCCUGCUAGUGAUUUUAGGGGUAUGCAUUUACUGUUUAUAAACAAACACAGUGGCAGCAAGCACUAGUGGGCAUUCUGUGCUGCUAUGACCUUACAUAAUUGCACAUCAGUUGUUUGGUCAGAGAAGAGAGUAGGAUGUAUAAGUAAAAAACUCUGUAUGACGACUAGUGUAGUACUGCACUAGGAUACCUCAUUCUCUGAGAAAGCAAGAAGUUUCAGAUUAGGUCACACGGGGUCAGAAGUAAUUUCUGGCAUCUAAGAUCAUGUUAGAGACACAAGUAGCAACUUGAGACUCUGCUCAACAGGGGCCAAAAAAAUCACAGGAUUCUGAGGGCAAGUGUAUUGAUUACAGCUAUGGAGAGGCUGUUUAUGAUUAUUGCCUCUCAUUAAUCCAAUGUGUGAUUUUAGAAAAUGUAGGCAACACUGAGCCUGAAGUUGGCUUGUCCCAUUGUUUAACUCCGGGAUGUCCAGUGCAGUUUUAUGCAGAAAGUGAGUGGAAUUACCAUAAAAUAAUUUCUGUAGUUGUCCUGUGCAGUGCACAGAUGCUAUUUCAGAAGUUAUUUUUCAGAUUUUCCUCUUGUCAUGCCUCAGCCUGAUGUCACUGCAGUGUCAAGUUUGGUAGGGGCAAUGGCAUGGCAGCAAUGGACAGACUGCACUAAACCCUUUUGCAGCUUAGUCCAGCAUUCCAAAACACACAAUUAUUCACAACAGCUCCAAGUGGAGUAUGUUUUGAGAAUCACAAUUUCUGGCUAAAAGCCUAAACAUGUUAGUACAGAAGAACACCUACCUUCUGACUAAACUAUCUCAGUCAACCAAGUAUGUAAAUCUGAUAUUCACCCUGUUACUGAACUUUAUUGUGAAGUAUCAGUGGACAAACCUGAAGGCUGCAUGUAGACUUACCUCAUUUGUAUUGUUUAAGAAACACUAUGUGGUAUGUUAGAUCACAAUGUGGAUUUAGUAAGCACUGAAUAGUCUUAUAUAGUCAUGCAUCUCUGCUCUUAUUUUGUGACAGUAACAACAUUAAGUUAAAAUCCAGUAAGAAAUCUUGAGAUCUAGUAUAUGAGACUAGAUAGUGUGAUUAGAAGUAACAGUAUAUUGUUUUCAGAUCAUUUAUUUUGUUGUUGUCUAGUAAAUGUCUCGUGUGAAGCACAGUGAAAACAGUGGCCUGCGUAUGUAUAUUCUGCUUGCAUUUAAUUAUGAAAUUACAUUAAUACUGUUAUAUUGGUGACCUCUUUUUCUGCAUUUUUUAUUUUUUUCAUUUAUGUAUUGGUAACUUGAGUAUGCAAACUGGUCAUUCUCAGACCAUUUUCAGCCAUGACUCCGAAUGCCAGAGUGACUGCAGAGCACAUGGAGGGUUUAGAGUGAUCAGUUAGUUGUAGUGGUUUUGGGGAGGUGGCCGUUGAUUGGAGUACCUGGUAAAAUUCCAUGCGACCAAGGUAUAAAUACAAACUUUGCACAGGCAGUAACCAGACAUCAGCAUUGAACCUUGUAUCCUAGAACUGUGAGGCAAAGACCUUAGCCCUCAGCCGGCAUGCAAGUUAAUAAAGAGAGUCAGUGUCCUCAAAGUAGUAUCUAGUUCAAAAACACUCUGGAUAUUGUCACUUUUUCACUAAAACAUCUCCAUUUAGCAUGUAAUUUUGUCCCAAAGUUCAGCACUUCUGUUCAUCUGAAAGGCCACAAGAGAUGCAUUCCCAUGUGGGCUUUAUCAAGCUCAAUGUGGUGAUUAAUAAUAAGGGAGGGAUCCAACAGUGCAUUGAAAUAUUUGCAGAUGUACCUGUUAGCUUGGGUGACCAAAAGGACAAGAUGUAUUUAAUGGAUCAGCACUGUAUAACCUCUGAGGUGUACCAAGUCACAUCAUGUGAGAUUUGUUUGGUUUAUUUUCUGGUCUUUUGACUUAUUUCCACAUGAGAUUUGGGUCAUACUGCAGGGAUGUUAGGCUAUAUUUACUACCAGUGCUGGAAUUAAUGGAGCAAUGCAUUCAUGUGGAAUAUGGGCAGCAGCACUUAAGAUCAGUGACAAGGUCAUCGGUAAACAACCAAAAUAAGAUAGGAUCAAAAAUGGAUCCCUUAGGAACUCCUGACUUAAAGUGACAGACAUCAUGGACAGGUGUCUUACCAAGAGCUUGAAAUGUUUUGUCAUGCACAUGACCACAAAACGAGCACAUGCUUUGUUUCAAAUUCAAGUUGAUCCAAUCUCCUCAGUUUGAGCAGAAGCCCUAUUAAAAAAUACUAAAAAGAGCACUACUGAGCAAAAUGGGGCCACUGACAUUGUAGUGAGUCAUCAAUGAAAUCAUCCUGAGGGAACCUGUCUGUAUCCUAACUUCAUGAAUACUUUAGCUUGUAGUUGAAAAACGUUGGAGCAAUGGUCUGCCAGAGAGGAUGAGAAAGAGGCUUUGGGCAGAUAAACAAUGUCCUCUUCCGGUGUGGUGAGGGGGGUGGGGGUAUGAGCCCAGUUACAAGUGAUUAUAUGUCAAUUUGAUUGCACUGAACAACCUAUUUAAAGAUGGCAUCUCUGCUUCUGGCUCCAUAGUUUAACUCCUAAGCCCUCUAGUACUAAUCUAAUGCCCUUAUCUUUGUCCACUUUCAAAAGAAUAACUAGCAAGCAGCAGUUAACAUUAUUACUUCAGUUCCAUUUUAAACUGUAUGGUCAUUCAGAUGAGUUACAUGCUCAUGGUCUCAAAAUGUUGGCAUCUGUGAUUGUAAAAUCAUUAAAUUAUAUCAGCACACUGGACACAGAUAUUUGGGUAUCUUGAUUCCAGUACAGCAAGACACAAACACAUUAGAAAUAAUUUGGUCAAAUCUGAUUCAGGCAAGAAUAGAUAUUGGCACAUAACAUUAUAGUCUCACUUGUGAACAUGGAAAGAAGUCAAUUUCUUAGUGUUAUCAACUCAAAAUUUUAGAAGUAUCUCAAAAUGUAUGGAUUUGUACCAUCUCUGACUCCAUAAUCUGCAUAUAAAGUGGUGGCUGGGGUGGCUUUCAGAUUCUAGAACCUUGGCAUAUGUGCCUAUUGUCACCCAUCUCUGUUAAACUUUGUGUAAUACUUAGAGUGGAUUCAUUAAUAGUAUUAACUAAGGCCUGUCAUACAUUCUCUUUGUAUGACACUAUUCUGGCAUGAGAAUCUGAAAUGUCUGCCUCAUGUUAUACCAAAUGAUUCUGAGAAGCAGAAACAGUGCUACUUCUGUCAUCUAGUUUCUGUUUUUUUUAAAAUGAACUUAAAUCCACUAAUGAAGCUUGCAGUUUGCCUUCUUUGUCAGUACCUAAUCCUGUUGACAAGCAGAAUGAUUUGACAUCCUGAAGUGUGUCCCCCCCCUCACUUUAUAAUAUGAAGAAGUUUAAACUUCCCUUUAUAGAAUAUGAAGAGUCCUAUUUUUAUUUCUACCCAUGCACCUAGCAAACGGUGAUCUUUCCAAAGCAUUCAAAUGGUUUCUGCCCAUACGUUUAACUACACAAUAUCCAGUGCAAAGCCUGCCUUGGUCUUCCUCUGUACUGAAUCUUUCUUGCACCAUAUUUAGCAUUUUAUAUAAGGAUAUUGGACCGACCUCAGGUGUUGCUAUUCCUUAGACUUAACUUGUCAUCUGCACAAAGUCCAUUGCAGUGUGGCUAAGUCUCCCAUUUUAACUUCUGCUUGCUCUCCUUUGUAGAUAGCCAACUUUAUUUGAGAAUGGAUUCCUUCCACACUAGAUCUGCAUUUUUUCCCAACAAACAUUUUGCUUAUUGCACAGUGCAUCACUUGUGAGCAUAUGUGAUCCAAAACAGGUAACUGUAUAGGCAUACAACUUCAUAUUGCUUGAGCGUGCUGAGACACCACAGACUAAUGUUAUAGCACUUUCAGUCCUAUCAUUUGUCAUUUUUUUUUUCAUUUUAAUGGCACCUGUAGUAGUGAAGAAUGGCUUUUUGGUAAUUAAUUCAUGUUCACAUACCAUUACACCACAACUUUUUAUAUGCAUCUGGAUUUUUUACAUUUUUAUUUCUGUGUCAGAUUUGUAACUAGGUCAAUCCUCUUGAAUGAGUCAGUCUCUUACCAAGAUUAACAUGAGUAUGCAAUGAAAAUGAGUGACUGUGCGAAUGUGUGUACAGAAUUGACAAAUGUUUAUAUGAUAUAUAUAAUGUAUAUUUAAUGCCUCCGCAAAGUCCUUUGAAAUAAGAUUGUAGCUUUAUAGCAGUCCAUGUUGAGAUAUUAUUUCUUAGUGUAGCUGAUCUGCCUCUUAAAGACAAAGUAAUGUAACAUAUUUAUGGUUUCAAUGUUCAAAUAUUUUUCAUGUUGAGUAUAUUGUGAAAUGCCUCAUUAAUGUACAGACUAUUAAGAACUCAAUCUGUUCUGUAUCCUAUUCAUUGUUUUAUACCUUUUUUUUCUUUUUUCAAGUGAUUGCAUUGCCACAGAUAUGCUAGGGGGUAGGCUGCUGGUUUGCUAGUGGUUAACUGGUGGGUUUAUGGAAUGUCAUUAUGAGUUUCAAUUGGUGUCUUCCUUCUGUAAUGUAUUUAUCCAUGUGCCAGAUAUGGAUUGCUUAACCAGCUGAAGAUGAAGGAAAUAACUUCUAAAUGUUGAUGCAAACUGACUUGUCCAAUUGUGUUAACAUCUUUUAGGUGAAGUUAGAAUAAUGUUGAAAAAAAACAGAAGUGCCAUUCAUGAGACUUAAUGUUUUGCCAGAGAAAUUCAGGUGGAUGGAGUUCAUCAGCUGUGCAAGAAUACAGUUAUGAUGCAAUAUCUUCUAGUCAUUAUUUAGUUUUCAUUUGUUAACCAGGUAAAUGGGUAUCUUCAUGGUCCCUUUUUAGCCUUAAACAAGGAAGAGUGGGAAAUGCUAAAUUCUUUAUGUACAGAGAGAAAGUUAUUGUAAACAAGCAGCUGUCUUGUUUUUACUAUGUGGAAAUAAACUGUAGUAUCUGGAGAAAAUAUACACACAUACAAAAAUAAUAAUAAUAAUACAUGUCACGAUCUAGAGUGGAAUAUGUAUACAUUAAGGUGCAUUUGCCUCACUGGAUACUUAAUUAGCCAGUCUAAUAUGCCUUUUUAUUGUUUUAUAUCACUCAUUUUAACUUUCUAGUCUGGGCUAUUAACCUCAGUAAUUACAAUGUAACACAACACAGCCUGUUGCUUAAUGCUCAACACUGGGAGUGGUUUGCUCCUCCAGCUAGUUUUCCAGAUACAAAUCCUAAUGCAUGUUUGACAUCUAAGGAUGUGUUAUUAAGACAUGCCACAUCAACCCAAAUUAUGAGAUACAAAAUGUUGCCGAGAAUGAAGUCAUAAGGAAUUAUAAUAUUAUUAUAUUUUUUUCUUUUCCUUGCUUGAUCGUUUAAGUUAACAGAGUUAGUGUUACAUGAUGAUAUAAAAGUUUGACACAUUAAAUGUUUCAAAAACUUUAAUUAAUAGUUUAGAUUUUAUGGCAAGAAAGCGACACAGCUAUAACUAUGUGGCUAACUUAGCAGCUUAAAAACCAGUGUCAGCACAGUGCAAAAACAGAAAAUGGGGACUUGGUACAUAGUGACUUGAGUUGAAUACUGAUCUCAAAUCAUUCAAUAUUAGUAUUUAGUCUGAACAUAACUGUUCCAGGUAAUCAUAACUAAUUGAGCAAACUAGGACAGUUACAAAUGUGGGUUUGCAUAACAAGUUUAAUCCAGUUAUGUCUGUGUUAACUAUAAUCACCACCAGAGGUGAAUCUGAGAUUUUAGGAAUUAUACAUUAGGUUUAUAAAUGUAGUCACUUCUCCCCUAAGUGUACCCCCAAAUGAAGAAAUUGUAUAUUUUGCACAGCAUCCCUUUUCCAAGAAAAACCAUCAUGAAACGGCAAGGUUAAGCAAUCAGCCAAUCAGGCAUUUUGGGGGGAAAAUUAGUAAAAUUCAUAACUUCAGAAAUUAGAACAAUUGCAAGUAUGCCAUUUUUUAAUUUAAAUUGGAAUACAUCUUAUUGCAUAAAGUAAAUUAUUCAAAAAAGUGUGUGCUACAUAUAUGGCAUAUGCCUGGUUAUGCCUGUACCCACCACCAGCUACACCCCCUUCUUUGAUGAUGUUAAAUCUUUUAGAAUUAAAAGCAUUAUUGUGGGUGCAAUUCAUUUUUUUACUGUAGAAAGUUAUGGGUGAAUUUAUCCUCACAGACAAACAGGCAGUCAAACUCAGCACUGAAGUGGUUGAUGCCAAAUUCAUUAUAGUUAGAUGUAAACUCAACAGGUCUUAAUACACCAGCUCCUUAAAAUAAAUAUCUGUUGAUCUGGUAUUUGAAUGUGCCUCUGUUGCUGUUGUAAAGCUCCCACUGCAUAUUAUUCCACCCAUGCUAUCAAUGUGGUUGAGUUAUAGAAAAGCAGUGUGUCAGACAUGUUGGGAGGAAAUUAUUUUUAGUAGCUUUUGAAUUGGACAGUCAUUGUUGUUGUAGAAUUUUAAAGAUGCAGCAGAAACAAUGGAUGUAGCAUUUGUUAAUUUCCUCAUAUUUGGGGUUAAUGGAUCACAUGCCCACAAGUAAACUAUGAAUAUUAAUCUGGUGUGAACUUUAACAACAGGGAAACCUGAGGCUAAACAGUCCGCUCUGAUCACAAAUAGAUCUAACAAUAUGUAGCCCUUACCCCAGCAGGGAAGGGUUGAUUUCUGGAAGCUUGCCAACAUGAAUAAAGAUGAAUAAAACAAUUUAAGCCUAUUCUGGAGUUACAAUGCUAAUUUUUUUCCUGUCAGGAGGGUAGUAUGGGCUGCAUGUAAAUGAGGACAGAUUGUUUCUGACCUAGUCACACAACAGUGCCAUACGCCUAAUUUACAUUUAUUACAUCUGUUUAACAUGACAGCUUAAUAAAUUGCUUCGCUAACA